AUGCAGUCGAUGCGAACAGACAAAAACGACAUGCACAACCUUACGCUCACGCCCUCGUCAGGGGAGACGCCCAAGGUGCAAACAGCUGGGAUUGACCGGCUCAGUACAGUUGGCCUGUCUACGACGUUGAGGGAGGGUCGUCCUUGCUUUGCAUCAUCUGGGAUCGAACUGUUGAAGCUCUCUCUCGAGCGCGGGCUUCUCACAUUCAGCUCAUAUUUGAUCCAACUCAACGAUGUCCAGGAGAUCCGCGAGUCCUCGCCAUUUCUCGUCGCCAAAUUUUACUCGAAGUACCAUUUAUUUAUGCUUGGUCCCUCCUUUGCGCCGUCGUUUCGGAGGGCAGUCCAGCAGACUUACAUGAGCUCGCCUGGUUUACUGGAAGGCGUCUACAUGGCUAUUUUUACCGCAGUAGAGCAACCUAGACUCACGUUGAAUGAAGCAGAUGAACCAGACUUUACUCAAGGCGCAGUAUCAUUACAACAACUUCGAACAGCAAACAUCGCUGGUGUCACGGAUGCAGUGGCCGUCUUAGUCCUGGGGCAAACCCUAGCAGCAUUCGAUCUUCUCACAAAGUGUGUCAAUUCCUCAUUGAUACUAAGGUACUCUUUAUCUUCUAUCCAGCCCUGGUACCAGAAACUAUCAGAGCACUCGUCCUUCGAGGUCUUCACUAUUACUUCCAUUUUUUGGGACACAAUAUGGAGCCUUCUACGACGCGAGUGUCCUAUCAUAAGAUUCCGAUCUCCGCGCCGUCUCAUUGUCGAUCGUCUGGCGGGAUUAUGCACUACUUUGUUGCCCCUCCUUGGUGACUUAAGCAUUGCAGGCCACAGACUGAAGCAUGGCGAAUUCUCUGAAUCUGACGCCAGCCUCACGACUAUCAAAAUGAUUGAACAACGAAUCCUCUCAUGGGCGGUAACUGAGCCCGAGGACCUCACCGAAAGCUUCUCAGAGGAGGAGGUGUUGGGAAUGAAAACGCAGGCCUCGAUGUACAAGAGUGCGGGACUGUUGAUAGCACAUCGCCUUCUAAACCCUAUAGGGACGCAGGACGACGUAGCACAGUGGCACGCCAACAACAUUAUGCUUGAUUUUCUGAGAUAUCCAGAACUAGUUGGGCCAGACGCACAGUUACGGCAAGUGGGUUUUCCCAUACUCAUCGCUGCACUGGAGCUCCCAGACCCAAUGAGCGAAAUAUGGCAGUCGAUACCACUUCUUAAAGUGGCUCCGAUAUGUCUUGCGAAACUCAAGUCAUUGGUUGAAUAUGUGUGGACGGAAAGGCGACAAGGCUACAGUGGUUACUUGCUUGACUUGGUCGACCAAGGUCCAGAUUUUGUUGUCAUAACAUAA